GGCGUGCGUCGGCGCGGAUCCAGCCGGGGCGGAGCCGGGGCCCGGCCGCCCGCAGCCACCGCGUGGAGGCCGGGACGCUCCCAGCGAUGGGCCGGGGGGUUCCGAGAGCUCGAGGGUCGCGGGCGUGCCUGCUGCUGCUGUUCCUGCGGCUGCCUUGGCCGGUGUGGGGGGCCGAGGCGUUUCAAGGAAACAACCCCGGAGAGCCAGUCACCCUGCGCUGGGUCCCGGAUGCAGGAGCCCGACGCACGGUCGCCCCAGAGGAGCCGGUCUCGAAGCUAGACACAGGGCUGGUGGCCUUGAAGGCUGAAGGGCAGGAGCUCCUGCUGGAGCUGGAGAAGAACCACAGGCUGUUGGCCCCAGGAUACACAGAAACCCACCAUAGCCCAGAUGGGCAGCCAGUGGUGCUGGUUCCCAACCACACGGACCACUGCCACUACCAUGGGCGCGUGAGGGGCUUCCCUGACUCCUGGGUAGUCUUCAGCACCUGCUCUGGGAUGAGGGGCCUGAUCACACUGGACAGGAAUGCCAGUUAUUAUGUGUAUCCUCGACGAGCUGGAGACUCUGAGGACUUCAUCACUCACAAGAUGUUCCGAAUUGGGCAGCUGCUCGGCUGGAAAGGGGCCUGCGGCCACAGGGAUGCCAAGAACAAAGGGGACAUGGCCAACCUUUCUCGUGCCACUCAGAUCAAGGAGAGGAGGGAGCUCCGCAGGGGCCCGAAGUUCCUGGAGUUGUACAUGGUGGCUGACCACACGCUGUUCUUGACCCAGCACCGGAACUUGAACCACACCAAACAGCGUCUCCUGGAGGUGGCCAACUAUGUGGACCAGAUUCUCAGGACUCUGGACAUUCAGGUGGCCCUGACCGGCCUGGAAGUGUGGACGGAGCAGGACCAGAGCCGCAUCACGCCGGACGCAAAUGCCACGCUCUGGGCCUUCCUGCACUGGCGCCAGGGGCUGUGGGCACGGCGGCCGCACGACUCCGCGCAGCUGCUCACGGGCCGCGCCUUCCAGGGCGCCACCGUGGGCCUGGCGCCCAUCGAGGGCAUGUGUCGCGCCGAGAGCUCGGGAGGCGUGAGCACCGACCACUCAGAGCUCCCCAUUGGCGCAGCAGCCACUAUGGCCCACGAGAUAGGUCACAGCCUUGGCCUCAGCCACGACCCCGACGGCUGCUGCGUGGAGGCGGCGGCCGAGCAAGGCGGCUGCGUCAUGGCCGCGGCCACGGGGCGCCCGUUCCCGCGCGUAUUCAGCGCCUGCAGCCGGCGCCAGCUGCGCGCCUUCUUCCGCAAGGGGGGCGGUGCGUGCCUUUCCAACGCGCCCGACCCCAGGCUCCUGGUGCCCCGCGCGCGCUGCGGGAACGGCCUCGUGGAGGACGGCGAGGAGUGUGACUGCGGCGCCAGCCAGGAGUGCCCGGACGCCUGCUGCCUCGCCCACAACUGCUCGCUGCGCGCGGGGGCCCAGUGCACCCACGGCGACUGCUGCGCGCGCUGCCUGCUGAAGCCGGCUGGCGUGCCGUGCCGCCGAGCUGUGGGAGACUGUGACCUCCCAGAGUUCUGCACGGGCUCCUCCCCUUACUGUCCCCCGGACCUUUACCUACUGGACGGCUCGCCCUGCGCCAGCGGCCGGGGCUACUGCUGGGAUGGCGCGUGUCCUACACUCGAGCAGCAGUGCCAACAGCUCUGGGGGCCUGGCUCCAGCCCAGCCCCAGACGCCUGUUUCCAGACCGUGAACUCCGCGGGAGACGCCCACGGGAACUGCGGCAAGGACCUCAAGGGUGGCUUCGUGGCUUGUGCGCAGAGGGAUGCGCAGUGCGGGAAGCUGCAGUGCCUGGGCGGGGAGCAGAGCCCACGCGCAGCGCACACGGUGCCCGUGGACUCCACCGUUGGACUAGGCAGCCAUGAGGUGACCUGCAGGGGAGUCUUCGUGCUGCCGGGUGUCCAGCUGGACGUGCUCGACUUGGGCCUGGUAGAGCCAGGUACCCAGUGUGGACCUAGCAUGGUGUGCCAGGACAGGCGCUGCCGAAACACCACCUUCUGGGAGCUGGAGCAAUGCCUGGCAGCCUGCCAUGGCCAUGGGGUUUGCAACAGUAACCAAAACUGCCACUGUGCUCCGGGCUGGGCUCCGCCCUCCUGCGACAAGCCAGGGUUUGGUGGCAGUGUGGACAGUGGCCCUGUGCAACCUGAAAACCACAAGGCCUUCCUGCUGGCACUGAUCCUUAGCUUUCUGCUGCCUCUGCUCCCGGGGGCUGGCCUGGCCUGGUGCUGCUGCCGGCAGCCGGGGUCCCGUCUCCAGCAAUGCCUCUGGGGCUCGAGGAGGGAUGCCGCAUGCCGUGGGGGGCUGCCUCACCCUAGACUGCCUUUGUUCUACCAACUCAUCCUUCGGUUCUUGCUCCACUGUGCCCUUCAAGAUUUUUCUAGCCUCACAUGCCUUUUCCCACUUCCUCUGCCUAAAUCUCUCCUGUACACCUUCCAAGUCUGCAGAUGCUGGGCCCAGCACACCAUUUCACUCCAUACUGCUGCUUAGCUAUGGGGCUGGCUGCCCUUGUACCAAGGGCCUGCCCUUCACCCAGUUCUCCGUGACCUGGGAGGAGGUCACAUAGUACCUGAGCAUGGUUGAUCACCCGGUGCUGGUCAAGGGAGGCCCCCUGGGGCGCCUGGGUGGCUCAGUCAGUUGGGCGGCUGCCUUCCGCUCA